CGACAAGCAAGUAAGAGGAGCGUUGGCUGCACAGUAUUUCUAUGAUAAAAUCGCAGCCCAUCUUAUGACAUUGACAUGUUUUUAUUUGCAUUAGUUGGAAAUGUGUAAACAAAAUAUAAAUAAUUUCCAUUUUUUACAUCUAUAAUAAAAAAUAAUAAGUCUUAUUUGAAAUUUGAUCAAAUCAAUUAUUAUGGUUGUCGAAGGAGAAUAUUAUAACGGUCCUUGUAAACUGUUGGAAUUGCCCCAUGAUGUUUUGAAUAUAUUGUUCUCAUACUUAGAUGCUACGUCUUUAUAUCAUUUAAGCAGGACAUGUAACUAUCUGAAAGAAUUUGUUCUUGAUCCUUUAUUUUGGAAAUAUAUAGAUGCUAGGGAUGAACCAAAUAGUUUGCAUAAAAUUGAAUAUUGUACACAACGACUACACAAAAAGACUGCGCAUUUUUUUUUAAGAGGCAAUUUAACUGUUUCUGAUUUACCUGUAAAUUUUUUCAAAAUUACCAAGUCGUUUGAAAAUAUUAGGAUCUUGGCAUUGGAGAAUGUUAAAAUUAGAGGAUCAAAGGUUGCUUUGAGAGAUUUUCCAUCGGGAUUGGAAGAACUCAGUCUGAGAAGAACGUUCGUCACAAAUUCCGAAUAUUUUUUUCAACAUUCUGUUAAAAAUAUACCGAAAUUGAGGGUAUUAAUUUUGGAUGAAUGUGUUUGGGUUACUUGUAGUUUUUUAUUGUCCGUUUCUAAAUAUGAACAUUUAGAAAUUAUUUCUAUUGUUAAAUGUUUGAGGGUACAUCUGAAUAUGAUACCUUAUUUGAGCGUCGCCAAACUCGGUUGCAAGAACCUUAAAAUUUUCGAUUGCAGAUUCACAGCGAUUGGUUGCGAGCUUUUACGUACGUUCUAUUCAAAAGAAAAUCUACAGCGACUAUAUUUUCAGAGUUUCAAAUCGGCCGAAUUUGAUUACGACGAAAAUAUUUUCGAUUAUUCGGGUCGAAAAAAUUCGGUACCAGAACCUAAUUCUGAUUUUAGUAUUGCCGAUAUUCAUUUAUGCGAAUACAUGACAACUACAGCAAAGCCUAAAAACGAAGUAGCAAAAAUACAAGACAGUGUUUUGUAUCGAGAUCCUUAUCCAGAAUGUGAAUGCGGUGGAGAAGGAUCAAAGGAGCCUUUAAAUUCGAGUGUUGUUUUUCCUGAAGUAGAUAUUAUGCGUAUGCCUUCCGGUACAGAUGAACAAAAGUUUUUGUGUCGCAAACACAUGAAAAACGUAACUAAACUACCAAGCAAAGUUAAAGCAUUCUUUCUUUCGCAACAAAAGUUCGAUCCAGAUAUCCAUUCAGAUCGAGAGUCCACUUCUGACGAAGAAGAAGAUGAUAAUUGCUGCUAUUUUGGAAUGGGUAAUAGUUUAAUAGUGCCUACUGCUCAUGACCGAACCCCUUCAGUCGGAGAAGAGAUGACACUUCCAGAAGAGGGUGCAAGAAAUCUACAUAGUCCGCGUGGUGUUGUUGAACAAGUAGCAGACGAUUUAGAAGAUAUCAGAGAUUGCGCAAAUAGUUCUCCUAGUACAUCAAGAUAUGGUGUACGAGGAAGUUCCUUAGAUUACAGAAAUUUGAAACGACCACAUAAAGAUAACGAUGAAGACAUGCAUGACAUUGGACAAAUAAAAAAGGCGAAGAAGAAUAAUAAUACACCCUUCGAUGGGUUAACCAACGAAGCGCGGGAAGCUUUAGUGAAUGAUUUAGUAAAAAGUAUAGAUGACGUUAAUUCAAGAAUACAGAGAAUCGUAAGGGCUGGUUCUAGUAGCAUACACACUAGAAAUACACAAACAAGAUCACAACCAGAAUGUCAGCCAUCAACCUCCAGAUCCGUAAAUGGACAUCCCAAUAACGAAACGUCGCAACCAUCUUCCAGCUCCACAAUAACAAUAAGUCACGAUUUUAUCAAUCGACCUUCUUGUUCCACAAUCAAAAUUAAUAGAAAUGGAAAUGAUGCUUCCCCUAAAGCCGAUGAAUCAACAGGACGUAACAGGAUCGUAAGGGAAAUACGAGAAAUACGAAUAUUUUCAAGGGAUGAUAUUCCAAAUAAUCAAGAUAGAUGGAAAGUUAAAUGGAAAAUACCCUUAAGGCGCCUUUCCCUUCGAGGCUAUAAAAACAUCAGCGAUAGUACAUUGAGCCACCUCAAAAAUUUAGAUAUAGAAUUAAUUGAUCUCACUUAUACCAGUGUAACUAAAGUCGGAAUUGAUAAUUUCCUUGUGCACAAUCCUAAUUGUCGAGUGAUACAUCCCUUAUAUUGUGUUUGCAAACCUAAAAUUACCUUAUUUUAAUCGAUGCGUUUUAAAAUAAACAUUUUACAUAAUAAAUGUAUUUAUGUAAGGAAA